AGAGAAUCCAUCGAGGAAUACACAGCCUGUGGGAUUAACACAUCCAAACUGCAGGCUCAGGCAGCAAAUGCACAGGCUGGCGGGAGCCUUUCCUAUUGAUUCCAACACGGAUAAAGUUCAUUGGAUCUUCUGUGGAGGUGCCAAAGCUGCACAAUCUUGUCCUAACAAGCCACACAGCCCCCAGUAAAUUCCUUACAGAUUGAAGAGAUACAGAGGGAGCAGCAAACAGUGAGCCAGAAGGAAAGCAGCAAACAGGGACUUUGGUUUCUCUGCCGUGGAUGCGGCAGCAUCCUCCCACGGCGUGACACAGAGGCAGGAGGACGUCAGCGGGUUCGGGCCAGAGAGCUUCAUCACAGGCUUAACCAUGAAGGGGAGGAGGAUGGUGCCACUCCUGCUGUUGCUGGGACAACUUGUCGCUGCGCUGGAGGUCCCUCUAGACCUUCAAGAAGGAUUGCCGCAGCCGCCGACAAUAACUUCUCAGUCUCCCAAGGAUCACAUCAUUGACCCACGAGAGAACAUUGAAAUUAAGUGUGAGGCAAAAGGGAAUCCGGACCCCAGUUUCUCUUGGACGAGAGACGGGGCCCACUUUAAGAUCGAAGAGCACCCCAAUGUGAACAUGAGACCCAACUCUGGCACCCUGGAGGUGGACAUUACCAAGAGAAGAGCUGAAAGCUUCGAGGGGGUCUACCAGUGCACAGCCGAGAACAAACACGGAAAGGCUGUUUCUGAUAACAUAGUUGUGCGUCAGUCCAGAUCCCCCUUGUGGUCAAAGGAGAGACUGAAGCCGCGCGUGGUCCAGGAAGGCGUUUCCUUGGUGUUGCCGUGCGAGCCCCCCGCUGGCCUACCUCCUCCUUUGAUAUUCUGGAUGGACAAUAACUUCCAAAAGCUGCCUCAGAGCACGCGAGUGUCCCAGUCCUUGAAUGGGGACCUGUACUUUUCCAACGUGCGCAGAGAAGACUCCCGGAAUGACUACAUCUGCUAUGCACGCUUCCCAGGCACUCAGACCAUCCAGCAGAAGCAACCCAUCACUGUCAAGGUCCUCAACCUGGAUUCAAUCAAUGACACAAUGGCAGCUUUUUACAAUGACACUGAUUUAUUUAGCGAGGCCCCAGCAGAUGAGAGGAUGCCUUCUUUUCUGAUUCCAAAAGACCGCCACAGUUCCAAGGUGGUGUUGAGAGGACACAAACUGGACAUGGAGUGCAUCGCAGAAGGACGUCCCACCCCUGAGAUCUCAUGGACCAAAGAUGGCAGUGUUCUCCCAGCAGGCCGCACAUCCUUCUUGCAGUUCAACAAAACUCUGCAGAUCGACGAUGUGUCUGAUUCAGAGGAAGGAGUUUACCGCUGCACUGCGACAAACAAAUUUGGCUCUGUGCACCACACCUUCCACGUCACUGUCAAAGCUGCCCCUUAUUGGAUCAGCGGCCCCCCCAGUAACCUUGUUUUGUCUCCGGGAGAAAAUGGCAUGCUGACCUGCAGAGCCAGCGGCAAACCCAAACCUCUCAUCAGAUGGACCAAGAAUGUCAUGCCCAUCGAGACAGGUUUAGAAGAUGACACCAUGAAGGUAGAGGAUGACAUGAUCAUCUUCCGGGAUGUAAAGACCAGUAACAGUGCUGUGUACCAGUGUAACGUGUCCAAUGAGUUUGGUUACCUCUUGGCCAAUGCCUUUGUCAACGUGCUCUCCGAGCCUCCCAGAGUCCUGACACCUGUUAACAAAAAGUACGAGGUCAUCCGAAACCACCGGGCGAUGUUGGACUGCUCAUUCUUUGGAUCGCCCAUCCCAAACAUAACUUGGUUCAAAGAUAGCAGGUCCAGCACUCUGGAUGGAGACUCUUACGCCCUGCAUGACAACGGCACCUUGGAAAUACGGAUAUCUCGACCAAGAGACAGCGGGAAAUACACUUGUGUUGCCAGGAAUAUCCUUGGGAUUUUUGAAAAUCAUGUCUUCCUGGAGGUCAAAGAACCCACCCAUUUCCUGAAGCAGCCAGAGUACCAGGUGAUCAAGAGGGGAAGAUCUGUGACAUUUGAGUGCAAGGUGAAACAUGACUCAUCGCUCACUGCCACCAUGACCUGGCUCAAGGACGACGAGGAGCUUCCAGAUGAUGACCGAUUUGUUGUGGGGGCUGAGAGUCUCACCAUCACUAAUGUGGUGGACAGUGAUGCGGGGAUGUACACAUGCAUCAUGAACACCACUCUAGACCACGUCUCAGCCAGCGCAGAGCUCACUGUCGUAGACACCACGCCUGCCCCAGCUGUUGUCGACGAGCGACCUGAUCCUCCGACUGACCUGGAGCUGACAGACCAGACUAAGAGAAGCGUUGUCCUAACUUGGAUCCCUGGCAAUGAAUACAACAGUCACAUCAAGAAUUUCCUGAUCCAGUAUGAAGAUUCUCUGCACCAUCGAGGUCACUGGCAUAACCUUACACAUGUUCCUGGAACCAAAACAUCAGCUCAUCUCAAACUAUCACCCCACGUCCACUACACAUUUCGAGUUCUAGCCCUCAAUGAUGUGGGUUGGAGCCAACCCAGCAACCCAUCCCAAAUGUACAAGACCGAUCCUGCAGCUCCAGACGAGAACCCUACAGGAGUUCAGGGAUUGGGAACAGAACCUAACAAUCUCAUAAUCUCUUGGAAGCCUCUGACAAAGCUUCAAUCCAACGGUCCUGGGCUUCACUACAAAGUAAUGUACAGGGAGAAAAAGCCAGGCAGUGAGUGGAUCACAACAAACGUGGCAAACAAUUCCAGAUUUGUGGUAUCCGGUACAUCCACGUUUGCUCCAUAUGAGCUCAAAGUUCAAGCUGUGAACAACUAUGGCGAAGGCCCCGAGCCGGCAGUUGUCAUUGGUUACUCUGGAGAAGAUGUGCCAAAGUCAGCUCCAACGGGGCUGCGGACAGUCGUUAGGAACAGUACCAUGGCAGAGGUUGGCUGGAAAACUGUCUCCGAUGAUUCAAUACGAGGAUUUCUCAAAGGAUACAAGGUGCACUACUGGAGAGACCAUGGCGUCCACAGACAUCACCUCGACCAUGUGGAGAAAAUCCUCACCUUCAGCGGAAACCGCAGCCAUGGCAUCCUCCCUGGUCUACACCCCUUUAGCGAUUACUCAUUCUAUGUGAAGGUUUUCAAUGGGAGAGGAGAAGGACCCCCAAGCAUAACCAAGCACUUUAGGACACCUGAGGGAGUUCCUGGACCUCCUACUUCUCUGGUAGUUUCUAACCCAAACCUAGAUUCCUUAACCCUUAAGUGGAGUCCUCCUUAUGAUCCUAAUGGGCACAUCACUGGCUACACCCUCAAAUACCAGCCAGUCAAUAACUCCAAUGAGCUGGGCGAGGAGGAGGUGCUGGCCCUGGCUGCCAAUGAGACCUCAGUCACUUUGCCAAACCUCCAGUACAGCACACGCUACAGGUUUUAUUUGAAUGCAAAAACUAAAAUUGGAGCAGGCCCAGCCAUUACUCAGGAAGCGGUCAUCAUGGUGGAUGAAGGUCAGAGCCAAACAUCUCAUCCUAAAGUAUGGUCUCGAACAGUUCAUCCGCCACUCAAGGAGCGACCGGCGAGUCCUUUUGCAAACGUUAGCUCUUCGGUUGGAGAUGAUGGUGCCCUGAUCAGUUGGGAGUACUGGGGCUCCGAGAAAAAUGUUUAUGUAGAGUACAUAGCAAACAACAGUGAAAGUGAAGAGGAGUGGCAAAAAGAGCUUGUAAAUGGCUCUCAGAAUGUUAAGCUGAAGGGCUUAAAGGGCGGCCUGUCCUAUAGGGUCCGUGUGGUGGCCUAUGGUCACCACGACCAGCCGCUGCAUUCGUCUGAUGAGCUUGUGGUCACAGUUCCAGCGAUGGUGAGCAGACAGGUGGACAUCGCCACUCAGGGAUGGUUCAUAGGUCUCAUGUGUGCCAUUGCUCUGCUCAUCCUGAUCCUUCUCAUCAUCUGCUUCAUUCAGAGAAACAAAGGAGGGAAGUACCCUGUCAAAGAGAAGGAGGAUGCCCACACAGACCCAGAGUUUCAGCCCAUGAGAGACGAUGACUGUCCCUUUGGGGAGUACAGUGACAGUGAGGACCAUAAGCCGUUAAAAGGGAGCCGCACGCCGUCUAACGGGACGGUUAAGCGAGACGACAGUGACGACAGUUUAGUAGACUACAGUGAAGGAGGGGACAGACAGUUCAAUGAGGACGGCUCCUUCAUUGGCCAGUAUAGUGGCAAAUCCAUCAGCAGGGAGACUGCUGAGGGCCCGCAGAGCUCAGAGGCCCCAUCCCCUAUCAAUGCCAUUAACUCUUUGAACUCCUUUGUGUAGCCUGUUUAGCUUUAACUGGCCACUAUGAGGCGCUGCACAGGCCGCCUGCAAACCUCCACAGCUCCAGCAUCCCUCUCAGCACUGCAUGGCUUUAUGACCUCUGCUGACAUAUGACACGCAAAAAAACCGCAGAAAGGCACGUUCUUAUGUCACUUUAUGGAGAAGAUGAGGAAGCACAAUCAUCAGGCUUUCAACAACACAUGAAUAAAGUGAUACAUUAUUUUUCACAUUUUGAUAUUAGUCAAUGCAGCAUCGGCCAUUCUCAUGAAUGGUGUUCUGCUGAUACCAUCGUUUCUCCAAACUAGGCUGACAUCAGAAAUCUUAAGAAAUUUAAAUUCUGUGCCACAAAUAAAUCAUGUUGUAUAAUCUUAACUCUGUUUAUUUAAAUAUUUACAACUUAAGGUAUCAGAGGACACCACAAAAGUGGAAGAAAACUUACAAACUCUCGUGUUGCAUGUCUCAGUUCCUGCAGAGCUUUUUCUCGGCACUAACAUGUGGUGACUUAGUCCUGAAGCUUCUUUUCCUGACGUUCCGUUAGCGGAUUGGACAGAUCCAAUGACCUCUAGAGCUGUUUUGAUGGGAAAUAACAUAUGCACUCACACCUCCCAAUGCUUCAGCACAUAUAGCUGCCUUUAAUUCUCCAAACAAGUUUACUGCACUCAGACUGGAACAGUUACAAACAGUAGAAUAAAGCUUGGUUCAAAAAAUCUGCAGCCAUGAAAUCCGUGAGAGUAUUUCUGAAGUGGGUUUAUGUAUUGAGAUCUGUGAGUGUGUAUCUGUGUGUUUGUGGGAUGAAAACUGUACAUUAUUUAAUUCCUCUUAGGCAGAAGUUGUUUAUAUGUACUAACUACACUUUAGAGCCUUUGAAUGGGAUCACGGUUCCUUUUCUCUUAACUUGCAUCAAGUUUUAUUUUUUUUAAAGUUAUGUAAGAUAUCUGUUUCAUUUGUACAUAGCUUGAUUGAUUGUAUUAAAAAACUGGUUAAAUGGCACCAUAUAAGUGGCAAUAUUGUGCAGGAAAUGGGUGAUUUUGUUUUUUAAAAUGAUUUUCUUAGAAAAUUUAUAUUUCCUUAUUAGCUUUUUUUUUUUUGCUGUGCAACUUGAACGUUGUUUUAUAUGAGCUGGACUGAAAACUGCAUCUGGUUAAACUUGCUUUGUCUUUUGCCAAUAACACCCUGAUGAAUAAAGCCGUUUGGCUUUAUUCCUGUAUCUGAUCGCUGUUGUUUCCAUUUGGUCAAAUGUAAAAAAAUAAAAAUAAACUGACGUUCUACUCUGACAGCAUUCCAAUGGAUUUGUAUUAAAGGAACAGAUUUGUACUAACAGAUACUUUCCAUGUUUAUUCAAAUUUCUAUUCAUUUUGGCGCAAGUAUGAAACUAUGGCUAUGGAAAGCAUAAUGAAAGAAUAAAAUAUUAUCUGCUGUAA